AUUAGUUGAAAUUUAACUGUCAUUAUGAAGUUUCAAGUCACGACAAUUUUUGUAACAAGUUUGAUAACAAUAGUAAUCAGUCAGUGGGAUCCUCACUUUAUUGGAAAUCGUCAAGGAAUUGUUCAUCUUUUUGAAUGGAAAUGGCUUGACAUUGCUGAUGAGUGUGAGACAUUUUUGGGUCCAAAUAAUUUUGGAGGAGUUCAAACUAGUGUUGCAAAUGAAAAUGUGAUUAUUAGUGGACGUCCAUGGUACGAACGUUAUCAGCCAAUGUCAUUUAAAUUAGAAACACGAUCCGGAAAUGAAAAAGAAUUCAGGGAAAUGGUUGUAAGAUGUAGAAAUGCAGGAAUUAGAAUUUAUGUUGAUGUUGUUGUGAAUCAUAUGGCAGCAUCCCAACCAUCAACGCCUGCUAUUGGUACAGCCGGCUCAGAAGCAUAUCCGAGUGAUCGAUGGUAUCCUGCUGUACCAUUCAAUAAGAGCGAUUUUAAUACUGCCUGUUCAAUUGAAAACUAUAAUGAUCCAAAACAAGUUAGAGAUUGUGAAUUAGCAGGUUUGCCUGAUCUAGACCAAGGAAGAAAAGAUGUUCGAGAUAAGAUAAUUGAAUAUUUGAAUCAUCUUAUUGAUUUAGGUGUUGCAGGCUACAGAAUGGAUGCUUGCAAGCACAUGUGGCCAAAAGACUUGAGAGUAAUUUAUUCAAGAGUAAAACCGCUUAGUAAACAGAAUGGUUUUGUUCAAGGUUCUCGUCCGUUCUUCUUUCAAGAAGUAAUCGAUCUGGGUAAUGAGGCUGUAAAACGUCAAGAAUAUAUUUCUCUUGGGACUGUCACAGAGUUCACCUACUCAACUCAGAUUGGUAUGGUGUUUCGUAAAAUUGAACGAGACUUAUCAGCAUUGAAAAAUUGGGGACCACCUAGUGGAUUCUUACCAUCAAGAUAUAGCUUCGUUUUUGUUUGUAAUCACGAUAAUCAACGUGGUCAUGGCUCUGGAGGAGAUAUGAUUCUAACUUAUAAAGAUAAAGAUCUUUUUAUAAAGGCAUCAGCUUUCAUGCUUGCUCACCCACAUGGAGGAAAUCAUCCACGUUUAAUGAGCAGUUUUUAUUUUGAUGAUCCAAGUCAGGGACCACCACAAAAUUCUAAUGGUGAUAUUAUAUCACGUGAAAUCGAAUCUAAUGGAACUUGUUCGAAUGGAUGGGUUUGUGAACAUCGUUGGCCAGAAAUUGUUAAAAUGGUCAAAUUCCGUGCUAUAACUGACAAAACUGUUGUCAUUGGAUUUACAAAUAUUGCUAAAAACCAAAUUUCUUUCUGUCGUGGACGUAAAGGCUUUGUAGCUAUUAAUAAUUCCGAUCAACCUCUGAGCGCAACUGUCAAUGCAUGUCUACCAAAUGGUGUCUAUUGUGAUGUCAUAAGUGGCGAUAAAGUUGAUGGAAAAUGUACAGGAACAUCUGUAAAUGUCCGAGCCGGCAAAGCACACAUUGAAAUUCCAUCGAGUUCCUUUGGAUUUUUGGCAAUACAUCUUGAAUCCAGAUUGUCUAAAUGAAUUGUUCGUUAAAGAAUAUUAAGAACCAAUAAAUUAUAUUUUUAAAUGCAUCACAUAAAUCGAAAGUAUAACAUUGAGGUCAUUGUGCAACUUUAUCAAUAAACAAAUUGUGACUUAAAUAAUUUUGUCACUUACAAAAUCGAUACAUUUUUAAUGCACAGCAACAAAUCUUUUUAA